AUAUUGCUUACUUCCCCUUUUCAUACAAAUUUACUUCCGGAGUUAGUAACCACGGAAAUUGUAAACAGUGGGUGCCUGAAUUUACAUUUAUUGAAUUAAUACAAAAUGGCAGACUCUCCAACAGGUGCUCCAUCUCCUGACACAGACGCUUCAGGGAAAAAGUCCAGAGUGGAUGGUUCAAGACAGUCAGGCAGAGUUACUUUCCCAAAUUCAGCAAAAUCAGGAUCUAACAAAUCUGUUUUAUCAGAUGAUAUGGUUCCACAAGGAAACCCCUUUAAGAUGCCCCCAGAGGUUGACAUAUUUGUCCUUAGAGAUAAAGAAAGACAGAGAAAGAAACAGGAAAGAUUGAAACAGCGAGAAUUGAAAGUUCAUGAGAAAACAACAUAUGCCUCUAAAGUAAAUUUCCGUACAGCAUCUAUGAUCAGACCAGCUGACUCCGAUGAAGAUGGGGAAGCAGAGGAUUCAGAUAAAGCUGUAGCAGUAAAAGAUGAUCCACAAUUCACAAUAGCUGUCACAAGAGACCGACAUGUAGAAAAAGAAUCAUUAGCAGAAUAUAUUCAAAAGAAAAGGGAAAUGUUUUUAGUACAGUAUUCAUUAGGGGUUAAAAGAGAUGAAAUAAGGAAACUGGAAGAAAUAGCUCAGGCUGAAGAGAAAAAAUUAGAACAGGCAGAAUUAUAUUUAGAAGAAGAUGCCAGCAUGUUUGAUGAAUUCUUAAAAGAAAAUGACACAGGUUCUGUGGAAGCUGUUAGAGAAGCUGAAAAUGAAACCAAAGCCAAACUGGAAAAAGUCCAAGAAAUAAAGAGAGUGAACGCAGAUAUAAUGACAAUAAAAUCAGAGAUCUCUAAAUUUGAAGACAUUUUAAAAGAAUAUCACAUGUACAAAAAGUUCUUGGAUACUCUUACACCACAGGAAAUAAGAGAAGAACAAAUUAAAAGGAGAGAUAAGAGAAGGGAAGAGAAAAAGAAAGAAAGAGAGGCUGCUAAAAAGGAAAAAAAAGGUAGCAUAGAUGCAGGAGAAAAGUCUGCUGAUUUAUUGAAAGGAAGGAAGAAACCACCAGUUGGAAGACUCCAGACACAAAAAACUGGCUCAGCAACUAAAAAAGCCGAGGCAGCUGCCACUACACCAGCCGAGGAAUCAUCUGAUGAUGAUGAAUUAGAAUUGUUCUUCUCUGGGCCCCAGCAACUGUUAGAUAUUUUUGCUGAACUUGAGGAACAAAAUUUAUCUUUAAUACAAAAUAGUCAAGAAACAGAAGAAAAUUUAGAAGAAAUGAAAACAAAUAUUAAACAGACAAAGGUUAAAAUGGAAAAAGAGACAGCCAUAUUAAAAGAACAAAUUAACAAACUUACAAAUCAAAUCAAAAGGGAAGAAAGCAAGGCACAAGAUUUAAAGAUCAGAGCAAAAAUGUUUUCAUUUGGAGAAUUCAAACAAGAGGACCAAGAGAAAAUGUUACUGGAAUUAAAUAGAAAAGUAGAAGAUGUAUAUAAAACAUGUAUAGGAGAUAAUGAGGCACAAAUUAGUACAUUACAAAUGUUAACCAAUUUAGAAAACCAGUUAGUAGGAUUGUUAGAACAGAUAGAAACAAUGCCAGCAGACAAAGUAGAAGCUGCAGAAAAGGCUAAAGAAAAAGAAAGAAGAUUAAAAAUGAGAGAAGAAAAGGUGGAAGAACAAAGGUUAAAACAAGAAGAAAGGGUUAGGAAGGCCAUGGAAAGAGCAAGAGCUGAACCGAAGAAACAGACUGGAAGGAAACUUGUGUUCAGAUCAGAACCACCAAAACAGAAGAAAAGAGAAGAUGAUGGUGCUGGCCAAGACAGUGCUUUGUUAGAGGAAGAACAAUACUUGUAUCACUAUUAGAAUAAAAUGAGGACACAAUGAUUCUAAAGAAGGAGGGAGUGUUGUAUGUGAUAAAAAUUUGAUGGACUUCAAAUAGACAUAGCAUAAGUGUUCAGAAAAGCCAAACCAAUUAUGAUUUCUAGCCAUUGAUCUUAGUGUGGCAGAUUUCAUAUGUAACUAUAGCAAGGUGAUAGUACACUUCAAUUUUAAUUUACAAACUAAAAAUGUGUUAUUUUGUUUCCACAUGCAUUUGGAGGUAAACACGUAGUAUUCUUACUAAAAUGCAUUUUAUAUAUUGUGAUAAAAAUGGAAUAUUUGUGAAAGUUUUUAUCUUUCACUGGUGUUUAUAAAUUGUUGUGAUAUUGAAAUCUAUUUAUCUUACAUUUGUUUUUUAUUUGAAACAAAAUACAAUAUUUUAAACGUU